ACAGACGACCUUCGCAAAUUCAUACCCAAGUUCCCAUCCCAACCAGUGGAAGUGGGCGAAUCAUUCCCGCCUGCUGAGGAUGAGGACAAAUUCCCAAAACUCUUCGCGAAGAACACCUACGACGCCUUCAUCAACACGAAUCUCGCUGAGGUCUUGGAGACACCGAAGAUCGAGCGGGUGGUUGUAUGCGGUGUUAUGACGGAUUGCUGUUGUGAUACGACGGCCAGGAGCGCAUUCAAGCGUGGCAAUGAGACUUGGCUAGUCAGCGAGGCCUGCGGGAGUGCUAACAAGAGACAGCAUGAAGCUGGCUUGAGGGGCUUUGGUUUCGCAUUUGGUGAUGUCCUGACUACAUCUGAGGCGAUAAGACAACUAUGGGGUUGA